CAUUUGGACUUCAGUAGAGUACUGGAGUACAUGUACACCACUGAUCAGGUCUCAUUUCGUGUUUUGUUUUUCUUUAGAUAAUCUACGUGGCCCGCAACGCCAAAGACAACGUGGUGUCUUAUUUUCAUUUUGAUCGCAUGAUCAGGACUCAGCCGGAGCCUGGAGAGUGGAGCAGCUACAUCCACAGAUUCAUGGAGGGAAAGAUGGUGUUUGGAUCCUGGUAUGACCAUGUGAACGGCUGGUGGAAGAAGAAACAGACUCACUCCAAUAUCCAUUACAUGUUCUAUGAAGAUCUGAGUGAGGACACUGGACGGGAAAUAGACAAGCUCUGCAGUUUUCUCGGUUUGUCCCCUUCGGACGAGGAGAAGAAGAGAGUUUUAAGGGGAGUGCAGUUUGAUAAAAUGAAAAAGGAGGACAUGAUCAACUAUUCUACGCACUGUGCUAUGGAUAUAAAAAUUUCUCCGUUCAUGAGAAAAGGACAGGUUGGGGACUGGAAGAACCAUUUCACUGUGGCCCAGAGUCAACAGUUUGAUGAAGACUACAAGAAAAAGAUGAAGAAUUCACCACUUCAGUUCCGCACUGAAUUUUGAACAGGGCUGAAAAGAAUGCUUAUAUUUGUAGAUGGAUUAAUAACUCUUUGGUUCGCUCUUGGUGAAUGAAUUUAGUAAUCA